AUGGCCUCACACUCUCAGGUUUUAAUGGAAGAUAAAUAUACUGUUAGAAUCUUGACACUAAACAGACCAAACCAGAUGAAUGCUCUGUCUUGGAACAUGAUCACUCGGUUGCUGCAACUGUUCCUCGCAUAUAAGGAUGACCCCAGAGUGAAACUAGUCAUCCUAAAGGGUCAGGGAAAAGCAUUUUGUGCUGGUGGCGAUGUUCGACCUGUUAUUUGUGACAUCGUACAGGGCAAAUGGAGACUCGGUGCUGAUUUCUUCUCAGAUCAAUACACGCUCAACUAUGUCAUGGCCACAUAUAGCAAAAUUCAGAUUUCAAUUAUGAAUGGUAUUGUCAUGGGAGGCGGAGCUGGUGUCUCCAUCCAUGGUCGAUUUCGUAUUGCAACUGAGAAGACGGUUUUUGCCAUGCCUGAGACAGAACUGGGGCUCUUUCCAGAUGUAGGUGCCUCAUACUUCUUGUCAAGGCUCCCUGGCUUUUUUGGAGAGUAUGUUGGCCUCACAGGAGCUAGGUUAGAUGGCGCCGAAAUGCUUGCUUGUGGUCUUGCAACUCAUUUUGUGCCUUCGACGAGGUUGACUGCACUAGAAGCAGAUCUUUGCAGAGUUGGUUCAAAUGAUCCAGAUACCUUUUCCUCAAAAAUUCUCAAUGCAUACACUCAGCAUCCCCACCUGAAACAGCAUAGUGCUUACCACAGGUUAGAUGUUAUUGAUAAGUGCUUCUCGAGAAGAACGGUGGAAGAGAUAAUAUCUGCACUUGAGAGAGAGGCCAUUCAGAAGCCAGAUGAAUGGAUCUCAGCUACACUUCGAGCUUUGAAGAAGGCUUCACCAGCAAGCCUUAAAAUCUCUCUUAGAUCGAUAAGAGAAGGACGGUUUCAGGAGGUGGGGCAGUGUCUUAUCCGUGAGUAUAGAAUGGUGUGUCAUGUGUUGAAGGGCGAACUAAGCAAAGAUUUGGUGGAGGGUGUCAGAGCCGUAGUGAUAGACAAAGAUAGGAAACCAAAGUGGGAGCCACAGCGACUGGAGCAGGUGACGGAUAACAUGGUAGACCAGUACUUCAAGAGAAUGGAUGAAGAGGAGGGAUGGGAGGAUCUAAAGCUUCCACCAAGGAUUAACUUGUCUUCUUCAAUAAUCGCAAAGCUGUGAAUUGGAGAAGGUGAUGGAACUGAUGUGAUUGUCCAUUGUUGGAAGCAUAUCUUCCAAUUUUCUCGUUGUUGCUUGUCACGCAAUCUUUUUGAAAGUAUUCAGUUAGUGUUCAAUGGUGAGAGAAUUGGUUUCCCUUAUGUUUAAGGAUUACGAUUGUAAUCUUCCUUUGCUUCCUUUAUUUCAUGUUAAUCAUAAAUAAAUAAAAUAGCAUACUUAUGUUUUACCUUUUUUCUAAACCAACAAUGACAAUUUUUUUAGGUCACAGUCUAAGCACAUUUCCGUUGGUAAAAAACAAAAAGAAGCAUCUCUAUUUAAUUUAAGACAGUUCAUUAUCUUUUUAGAUUUAUUUAUUUUACUAUUAACUGAACCAAUCAGAAACGGAGUUCAUGAGUAGAAAUGGCCCAUAGGACAGACGAUUCAAGUGAUGGAUUAUGACAUAGAGAACAUAUUUUUUUUUAAUUUUUAUAUAUUUUUUUAAUUUUUAUAUUAAAAACUUUUUAUAAGUGUUUAUAUGUAAACUUCAUUUAUGAUAUUUUGAUAAUAUGAAUAUUUGUAAGAAGACUUGGCAUUUUUGGAAGCUUUAUUAAUAAAUACUCU